AUGGCGACUCGAGAAGACCACGUUGAUCGCUUCAAGAACGAUCCAUACACAUGGGACGGCCUUACAGGAUGGAAGAGCUACCGAACGCUUCGACCAUUUCGGGGCAUGUACUGGGAUGUCCGACGGCGACUGCCUUACUACUGGAGCGAUAUCGUGGAUGGCCUUAACUACCGAACAUUCGCUGGCACGAUACGGAUCUUCUUCAUCAAUCUCCUGCCAGCGCUGGCCUUUCAACUCGACAUGAUGCGGAGGACUGACGGCUACUUUGGCAUCAAUGAAGGACUUUUUGCCUCAGUACUUGCGGCGUUCGUCUUCAGCAUCUUUAGCUGUCAGCCGUUGACAGUUGUUGGCAUCACUGGUCUGAUUUCUUUGUUCAACUACACAAUCUACGACAUUUGUGUUGAUCAAGGAAUUCGGGAUCUGUAUCCGCAGAUGAUCGCUUGGGUCUCGAUAUGGGCGGCUAUCACGCAUUGGAUGUCUGCCAUCUUCAACUGGUGCGACUACAUGCGAUAUAUCACAGACUUUUCGAGCAAUGCGUUUGGCACAUAUGUGUCGAUCAUUUACAUGAUCAAGGGAGUGGAAGAACUGGUUGCAAACUUCGACGACUCAACUCCUGCGGCUGGCUAUCUCGGCGUGAUCAUCGCACUUUGCUUCUGGGCUACAGUGUACUGGAUUGAGCAGCAGGGUGGCUCGAUCCUGUUCAGGUCUUUUCCACGAAAGUUGCUGUCCGACUACGCGUAUCCUAUUGCGGCCAUCUUCUGGACUGGAUUCUCCCAUAUUCCCGGCCGAAUCAAAGAUGCGGAUCUCCUGAGAGUCCCACAUACGCGUGCCUUUUAUCCGAGUCAACCAAGACCUUGGCUUGUGGAAUUUUGGACACUUCCUGUGAAGUGGGUAUUCGUUGCUCUGCCUCUUGGUAUUUUGAUGACGAUCCUGUUCUACUACGAUCAUAAUGUCAGCUCCUUGACUGCCCAAGCCAAGCAGUUCCCGCUCAAGAAGCCAGCCGGAUUCCAUUGGGACUUCUUCUUGCUCGGGAUCACCUGCUUCGUCGCUGGCAUUAUUGGUCUGCCACUGCCCAACGGACUCGUACCACAGGCACCCGUGCAUACCGACUCACUCGUGGAGUACAAAGAUGUUCUGCAUGUCACCAAAUCGAAGAGCGAAGACCCACCGGAAUCGGAGUGGACGACUCACAACCACAAAAAGAUCGAGGCAGUGCAAGUGCGCGAACAGCGAGUCUCUCACUUCCUCAUGUUCUUGGCGCUGCUCGGAUGCAUGACCGGUCCACUGCUAAUCGUGUUACACACCAUGCCUCUCGGACUCUUCGGUGGCGUCUUCUUCGCUGUAGGAUGGGCCGGUAUCCCGGGAUUCAAUACCACUCAGAACUUGCUCUACUGCCUAAAGGAGAAGAAAUUCAUCGACCCCAACGACCCUCGCAACACGUUGAAGAAGUCCCGCAUCCUCUACUUCACCUUCUGGCAGCUACUAGGCGUCUUCAUCAGCGUGGCGAUCUCACAGACAAUCGCAGCCAUCGGCUUCCCCAUCGUGAUCGUCGCAUUGAUCCCACUGCGAUGGUGCAUCCUACCGAGAAUCUUCACAGAACACGAGCUAAUGGUCCUCGAUGCCCCAACCGCCGACUCUGAUACUGUGCUGUGCUCCAUGGGAGGUCAGCCCGAGCGACCGGAAGUCGUACUGGCGAGAAAGCGCCGAGCAGAACGGGGCGAGAGUGGAGAAGAGGGCGCGUUCAGUAGCUCUGCGAGCACGAAGGCUUCGCAGACACCGGGCAUGAGGUCAAGGGACAAGUUUGCGAAGGAUAGUGAGGAGGAGGCAGAGUCGCAGAGAGAGAAGGGGAAGGAGCAGGAAGGCUUCAAGACGACGCUUGAUACGGGACAUGCGUGA